AGUAAAUACAUGCAGAACGAACAGCUAAACGAAUUUACUCCAGCAGAGCAUAUUCAUCAGAUUCGCUCAUAUUUCGAUAUCAUAGACAAUGCAGUUCAAAUUGGUGACACUAAUAGAAAAUAUUCUGACACAAAGAUUCCAUCACAACCUGGAACUGCUAAAGAUAACACAUGGGUAACAUUCAAUCUCUCACCUCCUGGUGAAAAUAUGUUGGACCUUUACAAUACAUUCAUUACGUAUAAAAUGGAAGGUCAAUUUAUUGUAGAUAAAGAAAUUGGUUCGGGUUCCAAUA